AUGGUGAAGCUGUUCUGCGCGGUGGUUGGGGGGAAGGGGGGCGCGUUCCCAGUGAAGAUCGAUGCGAGCGAGACUGUGGGAGACUUGAAGGACGCGAUUAGGGAGAACCCCGAGUUCGGCUUUCCCAAGAGCAAGCUGGAGCUCUUCCUCGCUAAGAAGGGCGACGCGUGGUUGAACAAGAACGGCGUGGCAGCUGUGACUCUUGAUGAA